UCCGUGCUUUCCGGGGUCAAGCCUCCCUACCCGCGGCGGCCGGCAGCUUGGGCCCGCCCGCUUGGAAAAUCAGGAGGAUGGACAGCGGGGAAAGCGUCGAGCUCGAAGCCGCGUUUAGCACGUCCCGCCGCCGCGCGUGGCUUCUCUUCGCAGGCUGCAGGCUCGGGGCGGAGGUGUCUGCGGGGCGGCUGGGCAGCCGGCGCUGAGAAAACUCCACAGGCGUCCAUCCCCGGGCUGGGAAGAGGGUCCUGCUUAGCCUCCGUCUUUCACGGAGAAUGGAUAGGGCAAGGCCAUGGAAAAGAAACCGCACUUCGUUAGGAGAGAGUUUCUUCCCAGAGAGGUGUCGUCCAUCUCGCUGGCGUUACUUCUUGUGGCCGUUCUGCUCCUUAAUGUUCUUCUCUACCUCUACCUCAACAAGUUUUACAACUCUUUGGGACACACUGAAACGGACCCCAGCCUCUGCCCUUUUGGGCACUUCAAACUGGGAUCAGUGAAAAAUUGUUCCCCGUGGCUUUCCUGCGAGGCCAUAAAUAGGGAAGUCAGGAAACUCAAAUGUGUUGGUGAAGGUGCUGUGAAAAAGGUCUUUCUUUCUGAGUGGAAGGAAAACAAAGUGGUCCUUUCACAGCUCACCAACUCAGAGCUGAAGGAGGACUUUCUCCAUGGACUGAAGAUGCUGAAAGCACUGCAGAGCAAGCAUGUUGUCCGGCUGCUUGGCUACUGUGAGCAGCAGUUCACAAUCCUCACCGAGUACCAUCCUCUUGGCUCUCUGAGGGGUCUGAAUGAAAUUCUACACAUUCCCAAAUACAAGAGCAUGAACACCUGGCAUCACAGGUUGAUGCUUGCUAUAGACUAUGUGAAUGUCAUUCGUUACCUGCACAGCAGCCCUCUGGGCACCUUAGUGAUGUGCGACUCGAAUGACCUGGACAAGGUCCUCUCUCAGUAUCUCCUGACAAGUGACUUUCACAUCCUAGUGAAUGAUUUGGAUGCUUUGCCUCUGGUGAACAGGAGUGCUGGCAGGCUGGUGAAGUGCGGUCAUCGGGAGCUCCAGGGUGAGUUUGUAGCUCCCGAGCAGCGUUGGCCCUAUGGAGAAGAUGUGCCAUUCGAAGAUGACCUCAUGCCUCCCUAUGAUGAGAAAACAGACAUCUGGAAAAUCCCAGAUGUCUCCAACUUUUUGUUGGGCCAUGUUGAAGGAAGUGACAUUGUACGACUGCAUUUGUUUGACAUCCAUGCAGCAUGUAAGAAGAAGGACCCGGUGGAACGACCUUCUGCCCGAGAGGUCUUAGACACCUACAGGAGAGUUUUAACUCUGCUUAUUCGGGAGGCAGCCAUGCCUGGUACUAGGGAAAUGCUAUAGUGAAUCAUGAGGCAAUCAACAUACUGAAGUUGAUGUUCUUCCUAUUUAUGUAGCUUACCUGAAGGGCAAAGCCUCUGUCCCCAGAACUGAGAAGAAAAGAACAACUGAACUUGUACCUUUUGAUUAAAAAAAAAAAAAUCUACCCAAUCCUAGAGCUCUGGAAGCUUCCCAUUGGUAUGUUUAAUCUAUUAUUGGAAAAGGAGGAUAGAGAGAAAUGAAAUUGUGUGGGUGCAGGGGAAAUUUGUUCCUUAAGAAAUAAUAAGUACUCUUUUGCAACAUUUACACAAAAAAUAUCUUGAAAAUUACAGAAAAAGAAUUAAAAAAAAAUUAGUCCACCUCAACUGGUUGGCAGAGGAUGGGGGACCAGAGACCAUGGCAUGCCCCCCACAAGCUUUGUGCUAAUUCCUGUGGCUUUGGCCUGUUUGUGUCCCGAAAGCCCUCAUCCACUUUCCCAUGGAGUAAAAACAGUGGUCACUCAGAAAGGAGUAUCCCAGUUCACUUCAGAUUUUGGUAAGCUCCAGUGCCAGAGCUCCAAUGGCAGUCUCUCCGUGCUGGAUGGGGAAUAGGUUGUUUUUGGAGCCAUAUGGCCAUUGCUCUGUGGUCCCUGUAUCCCACACCAGCAAGCAUGUGGCUACUUUUGUAAGCAAGCAGAUGAUGCAGAUCCUGAAGAGUCUGCUUACAGACAUAUGCUCUUGGUUUUCAAGCCUUUGUCCCAUGGUAUUCUCAGAUGGGCUCUUUAGAGACGAAGCUGUAAAACAGGAGCCUCUUGCUCUUUUUUAAUCCACAGAAGUCCUGAACAUUUUGGAAGAGGGCUGACGCGUAUCUUUUUUUCAUUCACUUAUCCUUGCUGAGUGUCAUCGUGACUCAAUGGAAGGGAGGAGAACAAGGAACUGAAAGAGAAUGUGACUUCCUUAAUGAGCAUUAAACACAAGGUUUGGAAAAGAAAAGCCCUGUAUUCAGGCAUACAACUCUAUUUGGUGUGAAUUCAAAGCCCACUGAGCAUAAAAAAAGACUGCUAAAAAGCAGCCUUGUUCGGUGUGUUAGGAAAAGGCUUGUGGUACCUACAUGGGUGUUACAGCCUGGUACCAACAGCUGGAGAGGAAGAAUAAUGAUGCUUUAAUCCAGCAGCAGGGUCAGUUUGAUGGGACUGGGAUCUGGGAUGCAAUUGUCCUCUUGGUG